AUGAGCGACGAAAGCAGAAACGACAAAAGAAACGAGUCCAAACAUGUGAAGAUCCUUUCUGAUGUGUCUGAGGUAAAACCAUGUAGUUUUUAGUAAUUUUAUGUUUUAUAUUGGGUUUGUUCAAAAAAUACACCAAACAUACUAUUUACAAUGGUACAUUUGUAAUGCUUCUACGAACAUUUAGACCAACUCCAAAACUUAAUUUUAGAAAGAAAUCCUGCAAGAUGAUUACUCUGACAAGUCUCUCACCAGUGUUCAGCCAAAGGACCUCUACGGCGAAAACUACUCGGUUGAAAUGAUGAAGAAGAGAGGAUGGUGCAACAACGAUGGAACUCCCUGGAUUCUCUCUUUGUGAGUGCUUUAUAUGCUUUUAUGUUUCAAGAAUUUAAAAAUUGUAUAAGUUUUUAAACAUCUCUUAAUAUCCUUAAAAGAUACAUCAAAUUUUUCAGUUUAUAAAACUGUAACGUAACUUUAAUUUAGGCCUAAAGAUGAAGCGGCAUUGUUCAAGAAAGGUAUCGUAACAAAGGAGUGCAAGCGAGGCACCUACUGUAACAAUAUCUGUGACGAAGUCGAACUUCUGAAGCGUCGAAAAGUCAACAGAAAAGGAAAACGUGCCUCGAUGACAGCCCUUAAACCAGGUGUUACAGUAGACGAGGACUCGAACAAAAGCAGAGGAAAGACUAAACCAAAGUCUUCCAAAUCUGCGGACAAGACAGGGUAAGUGCAAUAUAUCUUGUAAAAUCAUCAAUAAUAAGAAAUUUUAGAUUAUAAAAACUACGAGAACUUGAAAAAUAACUUUCGAAACAUUUUUAUUAUAUAUAUGUAGUUUUACCGGUACUUAGCGUUUGUUACUUUAUUUAGACCGGUAACAUACGAAGAGCUUCUGACUCGCGGCUACCUGGACAAGAACAAUGUAAAUCACGGAGAAACUGCUGCCCACGUUCUAGAAUCCUUUUACGAAGAAAUCAGGAACAUGCACGGAAUGCCUUUUUCAAACAUUAGUAAUGACAAAAGUGUGUCUGAGUAAGUACCAUAAGUUGGCGUAAAUUUGAUUCCAAAACUAACUUAAUAUAUUCAUUGAGUUAUAUUCAGGGUUGGCAACAGGGCAGGGCAUUGGCGAUUUUCCAUGCCCUGCCCUGUGCCCUGCUAUGCCCUGCCCGGUACAGGGCAUUUCAAUUCCGUGCCCUGCCCUGCCCUGCCCUGCCCUAGGGCAGGGCAUUACAGGGCAUUUACUAUUAUAGAGCCUAGAAGUCAGAACUUGUAAAUACCAUGAAAUAAGUACAAUAAAGUGUUGUUAAAGCCUAUCAAUUUUGAUACACUUCAAAUUGUGGGCGAAUUCGGUACUAAUACUUUGUUUUUGGAUAUUCGGCGGAGAACGGCGGAGGCUAUUUUUUCCUUUGACCAAUACAAAAGACUUUCUGUUCCUAUGACUCCUACUAAUUUGUCGAAACGUUUUGAAACAAAAAAAAUGUGUUUCUUUGCGUCGGCGGACAAUCGGCGCAGAAAAACGGCGAAGGCCAUAAACUCAAUACAGAAGUUGUGUUGUGUUAGAUUUGAAAUAUUUUUGGUAUAGAGUAGUUCGCUAUACAAGAGUUACACUGUAUACCCAGCGUUUGCUUUAGUCAUUUACCUAAAAAAUUGACUGACAAUUGUGAGAGUUUAUGGCCUUCGCCGAUUGUUUGCCAAUAACAUUACAUAAAUUUUUUACUUGAUUAAGAUCAUUGGAAAACAAAAAAAAUGUCUUGAUUUUUUUAAGUUGAAUAAAGAUUGAGAUUUAGCGGAUUUUUGGUUUUCGCUGUUUUUCUCCCCCGAGUAUUAAUAAACAAAGUGCCAAUACAAAUCCGCUUGCAAUUUCAAGUGUACUUUUCCGGGUUUUGAUAACAGCGCCGAUCUCAACAUUAAAUUCCGAUAUUACUCAAAAAAAGAACGAGAGUUUGGGCGACUGUGAAGAUUAUUUAUACGAACUUUUUGACCGGUCGAAAAAAUCAGAAAAGACGAAUUUUCAACCAGUUGAUUUUUCAAUGAACACAUAUUAGCAUUGGCCGAGUUUACCUCAACCGUGUUAAAUGGAUCGCGGUUUCAACAAAAAUUCUAGCAAACCAAAUACGCAGUCGCGUUUCGACUGGGUUUGAGUUACCUUUCUUUCUCUAUGCUCUCUCACUUUUUGCCCGCCAAAUAUUGUAAGAAAAAACGUAUUUUUGGUCAAAAGGAGUGGGCGGAGCCUCGCGCCGAUCGAAAGGAUUGAAAGGCCCGAGCCUGAAAAAGGAAAAGAAAACAAAAAAGGAAAAAAAUAUUUUUUUUACCGGGCAUUGCAGGGCAUUUACAGGGCAUAGGGCAUGCCCUGCACGUGUGAAGCGCAUGCCCUGCCCUGCCCUGUGACCGAUCAAAAAAAAAAGCCCUAUGCCCUGCCCUGCCCUAGGGCAGGGCAGGGUAGGGCACAGGGCACCCUGCCCUGUUGCCAACCCUGGUUAUAUUACAAACAAGUAAAUAAUGUCACAGUAAAUAAAAAAUCUUGUUUCUAGAAUCGACUUGAUGACCCAAGGCUGGAGGGAGAUCAACGACAAGAAGCAGCAGAUCCCAGAUAUCUUCAGUGUUUCAGAAGACAGCCGAACCGACCAUUCCAGGAAGAGCCCCAACUCCCGCGACAGUGACUUCCCUAGUACCACGUUGAUCAAGUCGUCCAGUACCAACACGUCGAGUAACACGUACCAUCAACUUACAGCUCCGUCUGACAAGUCCCUUCAGAGCGACCUUGGCGAUGUUAACAUUGAGUUUGACGAGCCAAAGAAGCCCAACGAGAAGGUUCGACGACACAAAAGUCGAGGUAUUCGUACCGCCAAAAUGGUAUCUCCGACCGAAAAGGAGUCUAAGAGAGAAGAAGUCUCCAGAAGAAAGGCUACAAAAGAAAAGGCAUCCAGAAGCAAGGCCUACAAAAAGAAGAGUUCCAAAGGAAAGAAUUCAGAAGGCGACUUUCCAUCGUCGGAAAUGACCGACCAGUUGAAUUCGGAGCUGAGCAAAGACCCGGGAUGUUACCGGUCGGACAAGAAGUUCAGUAUGCAGAUGGACUACGGUCCCAAGAGGGAUAUGGGCACGGCAUCGUACUACUUUCUGAACCAAGGAAGACUCUACGAACUCAACUCCAAGUCGGGAAAUGUGACUUUGGAAGUGGGAGCGAACGUCUGUGGAGUCAGAACCAAGAAGAUCUGA